GAGGUUCUCUAGUCAAGUUGGAGGAAAUAUGUCAAAAUACAUAGUACCGCUUCUGGUAUUGUCAAACUGGCAAGGAUGCUAUGGCAGUACAUUACGAGGCACGAGGGCACGAGAAGGCCAGUUCCCCUGGUUGAUCCAGUUCCAGACAAUAGCACCCUGCGGAGGAGUACUCAUCUCUCCAGACUGGGUGCUCACCGCAGCCCAGUGCGUGCAGCACAAUCGGAACUCAAUUGAGUUGUACGCGGUGGGACUCAAUGGAACAGGCUCCAGGCAGACCGUCAACGUCAAGGCCACGUACAUAUUCCCUCAGUUCGUGUCAUACUCCAAGGUGAGGGACCACGACCACAACAUCGCCCUCCUCAAGCUGGUGCAGGCCUUCGACAUGUGUGACAGCAAGGUCCGACUCCUUGACAUCGCCCCGGUCAGACUUGAUGACAACUACAAAUCCUGCCUGAUAUUCGGCUGGCAGAGUUAUGUCGCUCCGACGGCCAAAGUCCUGGCCAAGCCGGUGCAGUACAGCGAGGUGAUACUCAAUUCGUGGAAGCUGUGCAUGUACAUGCUAAAGAGCAACGCCAGCUACGGGAACGUAUUCUGCACGAUGAUCGAAGCAGAAGAUGGUAUGAAGGCCUGCGCAGGGAAUCCAGGUUCUCCAGUGGUCUGCGAGGACCAAUACCAGAGGAUGGUGCUCCUAGGGAUCGCUUCCUGGUCUAACUUCUCCUUGGACUGCGGUGGAUUGCCCACAUAUCUCGGCGUCAGUGUGUUCAGGUCCUGGAUGUACGAUCUGAUCUUUAACGACAAGAAGAUGGAACAGUUGGAGUCUGGGUUUGAGCCCCAUGGUGGAGCUUGCAAACGUGAGAGAUACCUCGGUGGGAUAUCGAUCGAGAGCAGUGGCCAGAAUUACACCGACCUGCUGCAGCUCAGUGGUCAGCCAUCGGUCCUUCGCAAGUCCCCGUAUGGAGCACCGAAACUAUCGGAACUACAGUCCAAGCUCGAGCCACCUUUAUUCGAUAAUCACGUCAAUGAUUAUGGGAGAGUAUCGACAUUGUUUGGUACUCAAGACGGAAUGCCAUUUGGAAAUGUGGUGAAGGAACGAGACAGCAGUCUCAGACAGUAUCAAGAGAUCGGAAAGGUGGACGAUGUCAUGGCAAUAUCAGCGGAGCACAGUCGACCGAGCUUCUUAGACAAGCCAAUGGUUUAUCAAACGCAGUUUCGAAAGGAGAUCCAUGAAGAUGGGGAAGAUGAUGAACCUGAUGACAAUAUGGAGGUCGACUAUGAGGAUAUCACUCGAUCCUGUUGUUCACGGUUUAAUGUCAGUCUCAGAUUAUUUUAUAUCCCUUAUUUAGAAAUCCUCUACAUUAUCUUUAGUGCAAUUUAUUGA